UAGGGUUCAUCGAACGUUACAUCUGCCAAAAGAGGGCUUUAAACUUUUUCAUUGAUGUCGGCAGAAGGGCACAAGAACUCAAUCAAUACAUUGAAGAUCAGUAGGUAAACCGAUAAAAUCGAAUUAGGGUUUAUCUGUUUUGUGAGAUUCGAUGGGUAUCGUUGCUUCCAAGGCAGAUCACAACACUCCUUUGCUGAAUCUGUGUAGAGAGAGGAAGGAACUGAUCAGAGCAGCUAGAGAUGCUCGUUACCACUUAGCUAAAUCUCAUCUUCUUUACUUUCAAUCUCUUUUGGAUUUCACUAACGCUCUUAAUCAGUUUGUGCACAAGGACUUGAUCGUGAUUCCAUAUUCGGAUGACGAUUCGUCUAGCGGAUUGGAGUGUUCUGGUUCAUCAGAUUCAGAUUCGGAGUCUGAUUCAGACUCUAACUCUCAUUGUUUAGCAUGUGAUGAAUCUCAAGCAGUUCCGUUGAGCAAGGAUGAUGAUCAAAACCCGCAAAAACCCUCGUCUGGAGAGCAGGCUUGCGGCUCAAGUAACAAUGUUCAUGUAGAGAAGUCAAGUGAAGGUGUAGGGUUUGUGGAGAAAGUGCCCGUGAUAGCUCCGGUUAAAUGUGAGAAGAGAGUUUUGGAGACUUUUCCUUCUAGUAACCAGCAGAACAGUUUCCAUGGUCACGAUCCAUUCGGUUUGUACGAUUUCUUGGCUAACACGGAGCUGGUUUAUACUGAACCGGAUCAGAGAUAUGAGACUGAGAGUGAUGUAUGGAGAGAGAUUAGGGAGAGAGAAGGGAUCCCUGAUUUGGAAUCUGAUAGUGAUCACAGCAGUCUUGUAAGGAAGAAUCAAAGGAAGAAGAAUGUUCAAGAGAGCUCUUCAACGGCUAAAGACAAGAGGGAAGUGAAUAUUAGUGAUGAAGAAAACUCUUCAACUGCUAACGUUGUAGGUGAAGUUGAUAAGAGUGAUACUGAAGCAAACACUAGUAAUGGCAAGGCUGAUGAUGUCGAUGAAACGUGCACGCAAGAGAAGCAAAUAAGUCCAGAGACUGUUACUGAAGUGACAAGAUCAGAUGAGGAGCUUAGUGAUGAAGCAUAUGAGUCUAGUUCUUCUUCUUUUUGUUCAGGUUCGGGUCAUAGUGAUCUUAGGAACGUAGUAGAAAAGAUCAAUAGUAUAAGCAAGAAAGCUGCGAGUAACAGUGAAGUCUCUGAUCUGCUUGAAGUGAGUAAAGUCAUUCCUCAUCAACCAUUAGGAUCCCAAUUCAAGGAACUUGCUUCAAGGUUACUCGGUAGUUCCAAGAGUUCGACUCGUGCUUUGCUCUUAAGACGUGGCUUGCCCCAAGAUAACCUCGCCGUUUCGCUUUCCAUGACACUAGAGAAGCUUUACGUGUGGGAAAAGAAACUUCACGCAGAAGUUACAGCCGAAGAAAAGCUUAGGGUUUUGUACGAGAAAGGGUACAGUUUUCUAAAGAGCCUCGAUCAAAACGGAGCAGAGGCCAGCGAGAUUUACGAGGCCGAAGCUGAGGUUAAGCUUCAUUUAUCCAAGGUUAAUGUUUCGGUUCGAGCGGUUGAGACAGUUUCAAUGAGGAUUCAUAAGAUAAGAGACGGAGAGCUUUCGCUUCAGGUGAAUAAGACCAUCAAUGUGUUCAAAGAGAUGUGGAGACUCUUGGCGAAAUGUCACCAUAAGCAGUUUCGAGCGAUCACGAGAAGCAAGUCUUGCCUUCACGUGGUUGAGAAAGGAUCUAGGAAAGUGACGCAGAAGGUCGAAGAACAGAUGAGAAGAUUUAAAGAGUCUUUGAGAAGCUACAUUGAUGCACACAGAGGUUUCGUUAGGUUCUUAAACGAGUGGCUUAACCGAAACAUCAUGGAGGAGGACGACCAAACAAAGACAGACGCUCCUGAUAUAUUUAGGGUAUGUAGCGAGUGGCUAAGAGAGAUUGUGAAUGUGGAUGAAGUCAAAGUGUUGAGUGCUGUUGAAGAAAUGGAGUUGAGGUUUCGAGGUUUAGGGUUUAAGCAAUUAGAGGAGGAGAAACAGAGGUUGAGAACCGAGAGGUUGUGUAAGGAGCUGGAAACGAAGACUAAGGAAGUGGAGGAGAGCUGGGGAGCGCAGGCUGAGGAGGUGAUGGGACCGGAACUGCUGUCGUUGAGAGAGAGUGCGACUCACGAAACAGAAAAGCAUGAGGGAUUGAUCAGAGAGAUUAACGACGCCGUGUCAAUGUCUUUGCAAGAGUGUUUGGUUCAUGUCUUUGAGGCCUUGGAGGGUUUUUGUUUUGGUAAUUUUAAGGCAUAUCAGAACAUUAGAAUCGUUUCGACAGAAACAGAAACUCUGUUAUUGUGUUAACCAUAGAAACAAAUAUGUAAAUAAAGAAAAUAAAUAAUUUUUCAUGCGAUGUUGUAUCAAACUCAGACUUACUUUAUAAAUCGAAUCUAUAUAGUAAUGUCAAACUGUAAACCGACGUCAAGAGAUUGUUCCCUCGACAAUUCUCCAACACUCAAAAUAAAGAUGAUUUUUGUUAAUUUCUAGUAUGUAUGGUUGUAUCACAACAUAAUCCCAUCAUAACAGCCAUAUGUCAAGUCAGUAAUAUUUUGAAUGUCUUAAGUGCUGGAAAUAUAAUAAAUUUGAUUUUUUUAAAUAUGUGUUGGGUGGGUCCUGAAAGAUUUGAACAAAAAGUAUUGAUUGAUUUAGAUCUUGAUCUUGUUGGUCGAAUUAUAUAAUCUAACUAAAAUUAAUUAAUUGACCGAGUCAGUAUCAAGAUUCAGCGUUCUUUCUACGAACCCGGUUCAUUCAUGCAUUCAAUAUUUUUUAUAAUGAAGACUUCAACCAUUAUUGGGAUGAAAUGUUGAGUAAAUUAUUGAGGGCAAUAACAAAGAUAAAAGGCAUGCAAUAGAACGGGCAGACCAAGUGGAAUAUUCUGCACACCAUACUUAACUUCCAAUCAAGAGGUUAAACAUAGUAAUGUCUUACAAUAAGCGACAAAAAAUGUGGAUUAAUAAUUUAUAAUCGCACACAAAUAAAUAUAAAAUUCUCCACUAGAAGUCACUAGGGACCUGUGAUGUGAACGUGUUAUUUUCUAGACUUUUCUCACCUACCUACAUCGGCGAAAAACAACUCAUAAUAUUAGUAUCUCAAUUGCUGCUUUUCUUUUUUUUGAGCAACUCUAUCUCAAUUGCUGUAUGUUAACUUAAUAUGCUGUUAUGGUGAAGGUGUUGUUUCUGAUGAAAAUUAUCAAUCAAAUGAGGAGAAUUAAUAAACGGAGGGCAAAUCGGCUAGGAAAAACAAGUGGUAAAGUUGAUUUUGGUAUAUGGAUAUACUUUUAGCUUAUUAAAAUUUUAGAUAUACAAUUUUUUUUUGAAUAAGCAUCUUAACCGAACUUUUUUUUUUUUUUUUUUGACAUCGAAAGUUCCAUAUUUUAUUAAAUAGCAACCAAGAGGUUGGCCUCAGGAGCCAUCCAGCUUGGCAGCUGAGAGUCUACAUGGGAAAAAGCAAAACCUCGAGAACGAGCUCUUUUUGCAAGGCUAUCGGCUCGGAGAUUUAGGGAACGAGGAAUAAAAGAUAUAGAGCAAGAAACAAGCAUAGAACGAAUAUGAUGAAACUCAUCAAAUUUAGCCAACAAAGAUGGCCAGUUGUCUUCUUCGUCUUCUUCAAUGAGAUGGACCAAUUGUAGGCAGUCCGUCUCGAAAGUCAUCGCUAGAUGGUCUAACUGGAUAGAGGAUUUCAUGGCCCACAGCAGAGUUUGGAACUCUGCGUGUAGGGGGGUUAAGACUCGGUUACUAGAGAAUGAACCGUAAGUCGUUGCCCCAUCCUCUGUUAGCAGGACCAUUCCUCCACCAAAGAGGGGAUCGUCUUUAUGCCAGGAGGCAUCCGUCGAGCACACAUGCCCGCGUGGUGGAGGAGUAGCAUCAGGGGGGGGGAGUUCCAACAGCACCGUCGUCAUCAUGGGCCUUGUCUACUAAGUGAGCUAAGCGCCAAGUUUCAGCUUCGGAUUGGGCUAGUUGUAGGGUGUCCAGCGGAGGUGUGUCCUUACCGUUGAAAGCUUUGUCGUUUCGAGCCUUCCAAAUGUACCAUAUGAUCCAUGGAGCUGUGGCGAGAAGAAUCUCCGGGAUGCCGAAAUCUCUCGCACGCCACAGUAUAUGGUCUAGGUUGCUGUAAAUUGAGGAGCACGGGAAUAGGCCCGGAGAGCGUGGUAUGUUCGCUAGGGCCCAGAUUUGGAUGGAGGGAGGGCAUUCAAAGAGGAGGUGAUUACUUGUCUCCUCUUCCGCGCCACAUCUUGGGCAGGUCCUAUCGUUACCACAGUGUCGAUUAGCGAGCGAGUUAC